AUGUCGGAGGACGUGAUUUAUAUGCGGGUCAUCCAAUCCCUCGUCGGACUGAUCGGCAUUUUGGGCAACUCUCUAGUCUGUGUGGUCAUAUGGCGCGUCCGCGCCAUGCACACACUGACCAACGCCUUCAUCUUCAAUCAGGCCGUGGUGGACCUAGUGGCCUCACUUCUGCUCCUACUGGUCAGUAAUAUCGACCUUUCGGAGCGGGUACCGCCCGGGGUUGCAGGCCUACUCCUCUGCUAUCUCUGGAUCACCCGAUUUUUCCUGUGGUCGUCUUUCGCCACUUCCACCACCAACCUAGUCGCGUUGACUGUGGAGCGGUACGUAGCCAUCGUGUUUCCAUUCAAGCACCAGGCGUACUUCGGACCCCGCUUAGCCGCAGUCUUAAUCACAGCUUGCUGGAGCUAUGGCUUCGCCUCCUCGGGUUUUAACCUGGUUUGGGUGACCUACUCCGAGCCCAACGGAACCUGUAAGCCGUACGCCCUUCCGGAGCCCCCGGUCAUCAGUGCUUUCAUGCUGCUCCAGAUGAACUUUCUGCUGCCGGUGACGGUCAUGUGCGUGGCGUAUUGUCACAUAGCUGUCACCCUGAAACGCAGCGCACGGCGCAUCGCACCGGGCGCGCAUACGUCGUCCGCAUCGACGCAAGGCUCCACGACGGAUGUCAACACGCUAGACGGAUCCCUGGCUCGCGCAAGACGCAACACGUUCAAGACGCUCCUCAUGGUAUUUGUGGUUUACGUCAUCUGCUGGGCUCCCAACACGGCCAUCUUUAGCCUCUUCUUGCUGGGGGUCAAUGUGGACCUCGGCGGAGUGCCGUACAUCGUAUCCCUGGCACUCGUAGUCUGCAACUCCUGCGCAAAUCCGAUCGUGUACAGUGUGAAGUAUAGACAGUUCCGCAAGGGCGUGCGGAAGCUGUUUCGUGGGACGGACGGGAGACCGGAUAACGAUGCGGACAUCUCGACAGUAUCGGCGCGCGUCUCGCAAAGAUACACGUCAUCCAACCUAAGAAAAUGA